UCCCAGCUUGCAGAACACACAGAUCACCUCUAUGAUUGAUGAGGAUAUAUGAGUGAAUUUGCCAAAACACUGAACAAAGAAAUCUCCUGCAUCCUCUGAGAGAAGAAAUUUAAUGGCUUCCAGAUAGAGAGAAAGAGGCAGCAGUCAAGAUGAACACGAUUCCUUCGAUGGACAGGCACAUACAGCAGACCAAUGACAGGCUGCUGUGCAUCAAACAGCACUUACAGAAUCCGGCCAAUUUCCAGACGGCGGCCACAGAGCUACUGGACUGGUGCGGAGAUCCGCGAGCCUUCCAGCGGCCCUUUGAGCAAAGCCUGAUGGGAUGUUUGACGGUUGUAAGCCGUGUCGCAGCGCAGCAAGGUUUCGACUUGGAUCUUGGUUAUCGGCUCCUGGCUGUGUGUGCAGCCAACCGUGACAAGUUCACCCCAAAGUCUGCAGCUCUCCUGUCGUCCUGGUGCGAGGAGCUGGGGCGACUGCUCUUGUUGCGGCACCAGAAGAAUCGUCAGAGCGAUCCACAGGGCAAAGUGCCCUUACAGCCACCCAUGAACUCCAUGAAGCCCUCACUCUCUCACGGUGAUGGGUCCUUUCCAUAUGACGCCGUUCCCUGGCAACAGAAUGCUAACCAGGCCCCGGGUUCAUUGUCAGUGGUUACAACGGUGUGGGGAGUUACCAAUACGUCACAAAGUCAGGUAUUGGGUAACCCCAUGGCCAACACCAACAAUCCCAUGAACCCCGGAGGCAAUGCACUAGGGUCGGGUAUGUCAGCCAACAACCCAGGGAUGAACUCACCUCAGUUCCCUGGCCAACAACAACAGUUUUCAGCCAAAGGGGGAUCCAACCAGGCCUACAUGCAGCAAAGCAUGUAUGGCCGUCCAGGGCACCCAGGUGGAGGAGGCUUUGGUGGAAGUUACCCUGGUGGGCCGAAUGCUCAGAGUGGGAUCGGCAUGCCCCCUCAUACACGCCCCCCCUCUGAUUUCACCCAACCUGCUGCUGCAGCUGCCGCCGCCGCUGUUGCUGCUGCCGCUGCCACAGCGACCGCCACUGCCACGGCUACUGUAGCUGCCCUGCAAGAGACCAACAAAGAAAUAAACCAGUACAACCAGGUCUGUUCGUCUUUCCAGAUGGGACCUACGCAAGGCUACAACAGCCAGUACAUGAACCAGCCUGGUCCCCGUGGCCCACCGUCCAUGGCAGGAGGCAUGAACCCAGCUGGUAUGGGAACCGGCAUGAAUAGCUCCAACGUGAGUGGCCCACCCAUGGGCAUGAACCAGCCCAGAGGUCCAGGGAUGGGACCCUUCGGUGGCCACGGCCAAAGGAUGCCCCAACAGGGAUAUCCUGGCCCCAGACCUCAGUCCAUGCCCAUGCAGGGCACUAAGAGGCCUUAUCCUGGAGAGCCUAACUAUGGAGGCCAGCAGUUUGGACCCAAUGGCCAGUUUCCCAACCAGCAAGGGCAGUACCCUAACCCAAAUGCCUCUAGACCUCUUCCUUCACCCAAUUACCCUGGUCAGAGGAUGCCGGGACAGCAGGGCUCUGGCCAAUAUCCCCCAGCAGGAGUAGCCAUGGGCCAAUACUAUAAGCAAGAGCCUUUUAAUGGUCAGAGUAACACUUUCUCUGGAGGCGGUUAUGGGUUCAAUCAAGGAAAUGGGCCUCCUCGGCAGGUGGUGAACUACCCCCACUCGCCAGUUCCUGGAAACCCCACGCCACCCAUGACUCCAGGAAGUAGUAUCCCUCCAUACCCGUCACCCAACCAGGACGUCAAGCCCCCGUUUCCUCCAGACAUGAAGCCAAACAUGACGUCUCUGCCUCCACCUCUGACCAAUCCCAACGAAGAGCUGCGUCUAACAUUCCCUGUAAGGGAUGGGGUGGUGCUGGAGCCCUUCAGACUAGAGCACAACCUGGCCGUCAGUAACCACGUCUUCCAUCUGCGCCCCUCCGUCCACCAGACACUCAUGUGGAGGUCUGAUCUGGAGCUGCAGUUUAAGUGCUACCACCACGAGGACCGGCAAAUGAACACCAACUGGCCAGCGUCCGUCCAAGUCAGCGUCAACGCCACCCCCCUCACAAUUGAGAGGGGUGACAAUAAGACAUCCCACAAACCGCUGCACCUGAAGCAUGUGUGUCAGCCGGGAAGAAACACCAUCCAAAUCACAGUCACAGCCUGCUGUUGUUCACACUUAUUCGUGCUGCAGCUGGUCCACAGGCCGUCGGUGAGAUCAGUCCUGCAGGGUCUUCUGAAGAAGAGACUCCUGCCUGCCGAACACUGCAUUACCAAAAUUAAACGAAACUUCAGUAGUGUAGCAGCCUCCUCUGGGAAUGCCACACUAAACGGAGAGGAUGGAGUAGAGCAGACAGCCAUCAAAGUGUCCCUCAAAUGUCCAGUCACAUUCCGACGGAUCCAACUCCCUGCUAGGGGACACGACUGCAAACACGUGCAGUGCUUUGACUUGGAGUCCUAUCUGCAGCUAAACUGUGAGAGAGGAACGUGGCGAUGUCCUGUAUGCAAUAAAACAGCAUUGUUGGAAGGACUGGAAGUGGAUCAGUACAUGUGGGGAAUUCUCAAUGCCAUUCAAAAUUCAGAGUUUGAAGAGGUCACCAUCGACCCAACAUGUAGUUGGAGGCCGGUGCCCAUAAAGUCUGACAUUCAUAUAAAGGAGGACCCAGAUGGCCUUUUGGCCAAGCGUUUUAAAACCAUGAGUCCCAGUCAAAUGAUCAUGCCAAAUGUGAUGGAUAUGAUCGCCCAGCUGUGUCCUGGCCCUUCACCCUACACCUCCCUCCCCCCGCAUCACGGGGGAAACAAUGGCGAAUAUGGGGGCCAAGUUAGAGGCAAUAGUUACCAGGGCCAUGGAAACUUUGACUUCUCCCACAGUAACUCUGGUGGCGGAGCUCCCAUGAAUGACUUCAUGCAUGGACCCCAGCUUUCCCAUCCACCAGACUUGCCCAACAGCCUCAUGGCCCCCGACAAGUCUCUAGGCCACGGCAUGCCCGACUCGAUGCCCCAUCCCGUGAGUGCUGAUCAAUCCCAUGCUUCCAUGCAGCCAGGCAUGCAUGCAUCCCCACACCCCAACAGCCAAUCAGUUCAGCCAUUGCAUCACAGCGGCCCCCCAUCCUCCCAGCCCCCACGCCAGCCCCCGCUACCACAGCAGCCCAGCCAAAACAGUCACCCACAUCCCGAUAUGACUUUCAACCCUGCUACAGAUGGGCAGGCAGGUGGCCAGGGACCUGCAGACCUGCCCGAGCCUUCUCUGGAUCUUCUGCCAGAAUUGGCGAACCCAGAUGAGUUGCUGUCAUACUUGGACCCUCCUGACCUCCCAAGCAGCAGCAAUGACGAUCUGCUCUCCCUCUUUGAGAACAACUGACUUCUUUCUAUUGGCCUUUUAGAGAGGACUUAACUUGUUUGGCUGUCAGGAAUCAAGAGGCACUCUAAGGACUGACUCUGUACUUUGUAAACAGGAAACAGCCAUCCUUUUGCCUCUUCCUUGUGUAAAUAUUUCACUCUUUUACAAGCAACCUUUUCAACACAUAUAUGACAGCCAUGUUGGUUGGCACUAAAGUGAUAUCUUUCAAUACUAAUGGAAAUACAUGUGCAGCUAUAAUCAGUUCAUAUGAAUACAUCACACAGAACUGUGUGUCUGCUCACUAGGAAAGUAUUGUAGCAUUUUUUUAAUUCAGAUUAAGAUUUUUCCUUUUGUGAAAAAGAAGACCUGAAUAGACUAUAUAUAUAUAUAUAGUUGAAGUCAGAAGUUUACAUACACUUAGGUUGAAGUCAUUAAAACUAAUUUUUUUAACCAAGCCACAUAUUUAAUAUGAGCAAACUAUAUUUUGUCAAGUCUAGGACAUCUACUUAGUGCAUGACACAAGUAACUUUUCCAACAAUUGUUUACAGACAGAUUGUUUCACUUUUAAUUGACUAUAUCACAAUUCCAGUGGGUCAGAAGUUUACGUACACUAAGUUAGCUUGGAAAAUUCCAGAAAAUUAUGUCAAGCCUGUAGGCAAUUAGCUUCUGAUAGGCUAAUUAGAGUCAAUUGGAGAUGUACCUUUGGACAGGGUUGGGGAGUAAUGAAAUACAAGUAACGGGAAUACGUAUUUAAAAUACAAAAUAUAAGUAACUGUAUUCCACUACAGUUACAAUUUAAAUCAUUGGUAAUUAGAAUACAGUUACAUUCAAAAAGUAUUUUGAUUACUGAUGAGAUUACUUUGCAUUUUAUUGUCAUUUGUUUCAUUUAAUAUUUAGUCCUUUCAGAUGGAAAGCAUUUACACAUAAAUGAUGCAAUCCAAAGUGCAUUUGAACUGCGGUGAAACUCUUUCUUAUGAUGUGUUACAUUCAUACGAGACAGACAGAGAAUUACGUUUGCAUUAAGUUUGGAGCAGAAGAAAUAGAAAUAAACCUUGUGUAAAUUGUCAGCUUUACACUAAGAUAAAAUGCUAUUUCUAGCCAUUUUACAUGCACGUUACCAGGCACGAUCAUAUUUUUUCAUCAAGAAAAUUCACGUUGGAUUAUAAUUUCUUUUUUCUAGUAAGACCUUUGAUAUUAGGGCAAAAAUCGUAUACUUGAUGAUAAUUUUUGUAUUGUUUUCCUGUAAAAAUAUCAAAAAAUCCUUAAAAAAAGAUCAGUUUGAUCUUGUUUUAGAAACAACACUGCAUAAGAUAUUUAGGGUUUUCAGAGAAUGUAUUUUUAAUGUAUAUUUUGUCUUACUGUACUGGCAGAAUUUUUAUAGUCAAAAUAAGUGAAAAAAUCUACCAGUGCUUAAGAAGUAACCCAAAGUAUUUAGAAUACGUUACUGACCUUGAGUUAUCUAAUGAAAUAUGUUACAAAUGACAUUUUACAGCAUGUAUUCUGUAAUCUGUAGUGGAAUACAUUUCAAAAGUAACCCUCCCAACCCUAUCUGUGGAUGUAUUUUAAGGCCUACCUUCAAACUCAGUGCCUCUUUGCUUGACAUCAUGGGAAAAUCAAAAGAAAUCAGCCAAGACCUCCGAAAAAAAAAUUGUGGACCUCCACAAGUCUGGUUCAAUCUUGGGAGCAAUUUCCAAACGCCAAAAGGUACCACGUUCAUCUAUAAAAACAAUAGUACGCAAGUAUAAACACCAUGGGACCAUGCAGCCAUCACUGCUCAGGAAGGAGAUGCAUUCUGUCUCCUAGAGAUGAACGUAGUUUGGUAUGAAAAGUGCAAAUCAAUCCUAGAACAACAGCAAACAACCCUGUGAAGAUGCUGGAGGAAACAGGUAGACAAGUAUCUAUAUCCACAGUAAAACGAGUCCUAUAUCGACAUAACCUGAAAGGCUACUCAGCAAGCAAGAAGACACCGGCAUAAAAAAAGCCAGACUACAGUUUGCAAGUGCACAUGGAGGCAAAGAUCUUACUUUUUGGAGAAAUGUCCUCUAGUUUUAUGAAAGAAAAAAGAAAAGAAAAAAUAACUGUUUGGCCAUAAUGACCAGCGUGAUGUUUGGAGGAAAAAGGGUGAGGCUUGCAAGCCAAAGAACAUCAUCCCAACCCAACCAAGCAUGGGGGUGGCAGCAUCAUGUUGUGGGGUUUCUUUGCUGCAGGAGGGACUGGUGCACUUUACAAAAUAGAUGGCAUCAUGAGAAAAGAAAAUUAUGUGGAUAUAUUGAAACAACAUCUCAAGACAUCAGCCAGGAUGUUAAAGCUCGUCGCAAAUGGGUCUUCCAAAUGGGCAAUGACCCCAAGAAUACCUCCAAAGUUGUGGCAAAAUGGCUUAAGGACAACAAAGUCAAGGUAUUGGAGUGGCCAUCACAAAGCCCUGACGUCAGUCCGAUAGAAAUUUUGUGGGCAGAACUGAAAAAGUGUGUUCGAGAAAGGAGGCCUACAAACCUGACUCAGUUACACCAGUUCUGUCUGGAGGAAUGGGCCAAAAUUCCAGCAACUUAUUGUGAGAAGCUUGUGGAAGGCUACCCAAAAUGUUUGACCCAAGUUAAGCAAUUUAAAGGCAAUGCUACCAAAUGCUAACAAAGUGUAUGUAAACUUCUGACCCACUGGGAAUGUGAUGAAAGAAGUAAAAGCUGAAAUAAAUCAUUAUCUCUACUAUUAUUCUGACAUUUCAUAUUCUUAAAAUAAAGUAGUGAUCCUAACUGACUUAAGACAGGGAAUGUUUUCUACGAUUAAAUGUGAGGAAUUGUGAAAAACUGAGUUUAAAUGUAUUUGGCUAAGGUGUACGUAAACUUCUGACUUCAACUAUAUACAUACAUAUAUAUGUAUGUAUGUAUGUAUGUAUGUAUGUAUGUGUGUGUGUGUGUGUGUUUAUAUAUAUAUAUAAAGAUAUAUAUAUAUAUAUAUAUAUAUAUAUAGAGAUAGAUAUAUAUAUAUAUAUAUAUAUAUAUAUAUAUUGCUUCCUGUACCGCCAUCUGUGUGUCCGCAAUCUCUUGAAGGUUUGCUCUUCCAAGCUCUACCAUCACAGCUUCCCAAAUCCUUGUCAAAUAUCCUCAGCUGUUUGUCUGUCCAUCUCCCUUGAAAAAGCACAAGAGAAUGCAUUAAACUGCACCUGGAAGCCUGUAAAGGAGACAACAAAAGGAAGAAAGCUUAUAUCACAAUCACCGUGACUAUUGGCACCAGAAUGAUCUAACACUCCCUUCUAAGAGACUAAUGAUGGAUGUUUCCGAAAGUCCUCCAACACUCCCAAACUCUCAUUCUCUCAUUCUUGUCACGCCAUAGGACACAUGAGAAUGUGUUCUUUUCUAGUAAACAGCAGCUUUUCACCUCAUUUUGUAAUAUGAUUCAUGUUCAAAGUUAAACAAAUGCUAGAGGGCAUCGCGGCAUGUAUUGUUUCAUUCUCAAGACAAAACAUUUUCAGCACUGUAAUCUUGGAAUUGCGCAUCUUCCGAUAGACUAUACAUCCUCCCGCAAUGUCCUUUGGAUUCUCCACGCUAAUGGUCACACAACACAAGAAGAAAGCAGUUCACAUUUCAAAGAGUAGUGAGUCUUGUGUCACCAUAAGUCCUGUGUCAUCUGCCUUCUCUGAGAGUACUCGCCAUGCAUGAGGCUUGGUCGUUUUAGGCUUGUGAUGUUUGUACCUCUCUUUCAACAAACUGCAUACAAUGUUUAAACAUUCAGUGUUGCCAAUCGCCCCUUAUUUUAGUGAUAAUGUAUGACUGAUUUUUUUAUUUUUUUUAUUUGUGUUUUAUGUUUUUAUUCAACCUUUAUUCAUGAACUGUCAUGUUAAAAUUGUAUUUUAUAAUGCACAAUAUAUUGUUCAAAUUAUGGGAAUGUUUUUUUUUUUUGUUUUUUUUUGGUCCUGUUGUUACAAUUGUACAAAAUAUGUACAUGUAUCACAAGAUGUCCAUGGAUUACCAAAGUUAUGCACCCUGAUUUGAGAAGGUGGCCCAAACCUAUUUUGACAAGGUUAAACCUAUUUUUAACCAAGUUGUUAACCAUAGAAUUUGAUAAAAUGUGUAAUUCCUUCUCACUUUUAUCAUUUUGUUUACAUGUAAAAUCAUAGUAAUUAUACAACAAACAAUGAAGAAAAUGUUUUUUAGAAUAUGUUUUUAUAUUUGUAGAUUUUACAUUUUAAUUCAACUAUAACAUUAAGCUAUAUAUUAACUCCGUACCCAUCAAAAAUAUUACAGAAACAAGUAUACAAUUUAUAUAACACAGCAGCUCACUAAAGGUUAUCAGUGUCCAGUUGUGCAAUGUGGAUUUUUUUUUUUUAAUGAGAGAAAGUUUUCUGGAUUUUAUUUCAAAUCAACAAUGCGCGCUUGAAUAAUUUUCAGUAUUUAUGUUAGUAGUGAUGACAUUUCCAUGAUACUGAUGUUUCUCAAAGGCUGUCACCUGUCCAUCACCGUUUGAAACAUGUUUCCAUUUUAAGUUAUUUUUUUUUAUGAAUUGCAAUAUUAGUUUUUAUUUUUUUUCUGUUCUUCUUGGUGUAGAAUUAUGUACAAAAAUUAUAUUUGUCGUUGACAAUUGAAAUACUUAGAACUCUGACAGGAAAAUGUGGGUUCAAGGUGUAUAGAGUCUGUCUGUAGUUCACUUGUAUAUCCUUUUUCAAAGAUGCACUGCCACAUAGUCGAUCCCACUUUGUAGACACAAAUAGGCAUAAACGGAACUUUAAGACUCCAAAAGUCAGCUCAUGCUGAAGUCUGAGCUGUCACAUACUGUUGCUGUACAGAUUUUGAGGUGACAGUGGGUGCUGAGGCAGAAACAGAAAGGGUUAAAUGAAUUAGACUGUGUUCGCCACAGGUGAGGGUUCGAAGAGGGUCGAAGAGAAAAUGGGGGAAAGGGCACAUUAGGGAUGCAUGUACAUAUGUAAAUGAUAAAUAGAGACACAUUAACAGAAAUGUAUUCAUUUUCCCCAGGGGAAUGUGCAUUGUGUAUUUAGAAUUUGUAAAGCUUGCAUCCUCCCAUCAGAAUCUAAAUUGGGUAAAAUGAAUCUGUGUUUGUUAGCGUCUGUGGAACCUCUCAGCAUUUGUUCACUUUUGUAAAAUAUCCAUCCAACAUGACUGAGGAAUUUUUGGAGGGGGUAAAAAGAGACACAUUUGUUUUACAUUUGUGUAAUAUUUAGCUUAAGUGUAUUGCUCCAUUUCUUGUGUACUUAACAAGGUGCUACAAAAGAAAAAAAAUCCUGGGGAAUAAUUUGGAAAAUAGGGCCAGGAGCGGUUCCAAAAGAUUGUAACCAAAAUCCAGAGUUUGUACAAUUUUGAUAUCAUGAUCAGGAAAAUUAAAAAACAGGGUACAAUCUGAGGUGAUUGGCACCAAACGUUGCAGUUGUCUUUGCUUGUACAUUCUGUUGUACAAUCAUUUCAUAUUCUAAACUGGUCAGAAGAAGAAAAAAAGACAAAAACAACAAAAAACUAAUUGUGAUUUUUAGUCUUGCAAAACUGUAUGUAGUUAGAUGCUGUGACAUCCUAAUAUUUAUCUAAUAAAUAUGUAUUCAGAUGAAAUUA